CAGCGUGCGCACCGCUGUUGACCUAAACGAGAAUGAAUGACUCCAACGGAAAAGGGGUGGUGUGUUCACCCCGAGUUGUGCUGCGCGACAGCCUGGGGCUCAGCCUCCACUCGGCCUGAGGAGGAUGGACUCAGGCAAGUUCUGGAGGAGAUGAAAGCUUUAUACGAACAAAACCAAUCUGAUGUGAACGAAGCAAAGUCAGGCGGCCGAAGUGACCUGAUACCGACCAUCAGGUUUCGACACUGCUCUUUGCUGAGAAAUCAGCGCUGCGCUCUAGCCUACCUGUACGACCGAUUGCUUCGGAUUAGAGCGCUCAGGUGGGAAUAUGGCAGUGUCUUGCCAAGUGAUUUACGAUUUCACAUGUCUGCUGAAGAAAUGGAGUGGUUCAAUCACUACAAAAAGUCCCUUGCUACUUACAUGAGAUCCCUGGGAGGAGAGGAAGGUUUGGACAUCACACAGGAUAUGAAGCCUCCCAAAAGCCUAUACAUAGAGGAGAUUCUGGGAUGGAGGAACAUGUUACAUGACCCCACAGGAAUCCACAACAAAAUCUAGUUUGUGGGAAACUACCAGACAGACUGCCCAGUUUAUUUAACAGAUAAAUCGCCAAGGGGGAGAACCCUGCAGAUGAAAAUGGACUUGGAGGCGUCAGAAACAUGCAACGUGCAACUCUUGUUUGAGUGAUUUUAAUGUGGCAACUUUAAAAACAUUAUGAGAUGAAUGGGAGAAUUUGGAUACCAACCAGGGUUUUCAUGAUAUUUAAAAAUUACUACUUACUAAGAUGUGAUAAUGGUGUUGAGGGCUUUUUUUUUUUGAAGAAGAAGAACCUUAUUUUGUAGUAAUAGGUACCAAAAUAUUUAUUAAUUAAAUGAAAUGACGUCUAGGAUGUGCAUCAGAGCUCCCCAGAAGUGGUGAGGGAACCAGACUGGCGACGUGUUGGUGAUUGUUGAAGCUGAUGGGUCGUGGGGUUUUAUUAGUCAUUUUACCUUUGAAUGUGGUUGAGAUUUUCCACAAUAAAAAUCUAUUUAAAGAAGCAAAAUGGUGGUAGUGGAGGGGGGGAUUUUUCUAAAAUAGUGUCGCUCAAGCUAAGUCAGAAUGCCUUUGGGAUUGGCAGAGCAAUCACAGGGCAUGAGAUCAUCCGGGAAACGUAGGGGACUGAGACGGGGUUGGCUGUGCUCAUACCACACUGAUGCUGGGGCUCGGACUCUCAGGCAGAGGAAUGCGUCCUCCCGCUUCGCUGGGGCGGCUCCUGGAGCUGGGCCAGGUCCCAGACCUCUGGGGCCCUGUCGAGGUUCCUUCCUUGCGGUCUCAGAGGUCAUCAGGCUGCCUCACCCCUCCCACCUUCAGCUAAGAGCCUUCCGGGGGAGGGGACAGGUCAGAGGUAGAACGCGUGCUCAGCAGGCAGCAGGUCCUGGUUUCAGUCCCCAGAGCCUCCAUUUAAAAAAGGGGAAAAAAAGAGCCUCUCCUGAUUGUGUAACACGAGUCUGCCUCCGUUCUCUCCCAGAGCCCUGCUAAGCAAGCGUCCGCGUGGUGACGGAGAGUGGAAGAGUCUUCAAAACAGAAAUGUUGCUGCCUUACAUCCCAUCCUCAGACACUGGUGUUUUAUGGGAGGGAUCUGGGAGAGGACGUUGGAGCAAGUGGGAAACAUUCUCUUCUCUUUGUAGACAUGUAUUUCAGCUGCUUUGGUUUUUCAGGAUUUGCAGAGGGAUGAGAAUCCAGUGAUGUUGUCUCUCUCUGGCAGCAACCUGGGUUUCCUUACUGCCAGCGCUGAUGUCCACAUAUUCAGAAAUUGGCCAUUUUGCUUCCUCCC